GCCGCUUCGCUGGCACCGCGACAAAGAGAGGAGAUGGAGGAGGAGACCGGGAGCGUGGACGGGAGGAGGGCGGAGGAGUGCACCGCGAGUGAGAUUACCGCAGGGCUUCCUUCGUCUCCUCCUCGUCCAUGGAUUCUUCGCGCUCGCUUUUAGGGCUCUCCCCGCGGGCUAUCGCGUCGGGACCGAGGGAUUCGACCACUGAAAGCGUUGGUCGCCUGCGGCUCCUCGAUUGCGAUCGGGAGCGGGGCGCGUUCUCCUCCGCCUUCGCUCUGGCGGGGAUCAGGGGUGCCAUCGCCCUCCUUUUGGUGUCCGCGCUCGCCCGCCUUGCGGAUCUAUUCGAUUUCAAGACCCGGCGGCGCCGGCGGCGGAAGGGCUGCGGCGGCGGAGGCGGCCGCCGAGAUGGCGGGACUAUGCGUUGGGUCGUCCGCCUCUCCGGCAUGUGCUCCGCUGCCGUGGUUAUGGUCUUGCUUUCCCCCUCCCUGCAAACCUUCCCGCCCGCCGAGGCCAUCCGGUCGUCCCAGUACCUCCGAUUCCCCGGCGGCGGGUACAAUCACCAGCUCGCCGCCGCCUUCGGCGACGCCGACAGCUUCGGGUUCCGGCGGGCGCCGUCGUUCAACAAUGCCGCGGAGUGCGAGCCCCCGUCGGCCAACGGCACCUCGUCGUGCGAUCCCUCGCUGGUGCACGUCGCCAUCACCCUCGACGAAGGGUACCUGCGCGGGUCGAUGGCGGUGGUGCACUCGGUGCUCGCCCACGCUGCUUGCCCGGAGAGCGUCUUCUUCCACUUCCUGGUCUCGGAGGCGGGCCUGGAGUCGUUGGUGCGCUCCACCUUCCCCGGGCUCCGCUUCAAGGCGUACUACUUCGAUCCGGACCGCGUCCGGGGGCUGAUCUCGGCUUCAGUGCGGCAAGCCCUGGAGCAGCCCCUCAACUACGCCCGCAACUACCUGGCGGACAUUCUCGAGCGGUGCGUUAGCCGGGUCAUCUACCUCGACUCCGACCUGGUGGUGGUCGACGAUAUCGCCAAACUGUGGCGGAAGGGGCUCGGGUCGCGGGCCGUGGGCGCGCCCGAGUACUGCCACGCCAACUUCACCAAGUACUUCACCGACCGGUUCUGGUCCGACCGGCGCCUCGCGUCCGCUUUCGCCGGCCGCCGGCCAUGCUACUUCAACACGGGGGUGAUGGUGCUUGACCUGGUCCGGUGGCGGGGCGCCGGGUACACGCGGCGGAUCGAGCGGUGGAUGGAGGUGCAGAAGAGAGGCGCCGCCCCAGGAGGCCCUGGGCGAAUUUACGAUCUGGGUUCACUGCCGCCCUUCCUCCUGGUGUUCGCGGGUCACGUGGCGCCGAUCGAGCACCGAUGGAAUCAGCACGGGCUCGGCGGUGACAACAUCAACGGCAGCUGCCGCGACCUCCACCCGGGGCCGGUGAGCCUCCUCCACUGGAGCGGCAGCGGCAAGCCGUGGGUGCGCCUCGACUCAAACCAUCCGUGUCCGCUCGACAACCUCUGGGCGCCCUACGACCUCUACGGCCCAGCUGUCGGCUGACGCCCCAGCCACCGCCGCCGCCGCAGCCGCUUCAUGUCGGUAAAUCCCCCCGCCUCAUCUACUUUUAGCCCACCCCAAAUGCGCAUGUUUUACUACCAUAAUUCAUCGUCAAAACCAUGGUCAUUGUGGUUGCUUCCCCUUCCGGUUUUCUUAUUCUUUACGGGUUUAAUCUGCAUCAAAUAGCUUCUUUUCGCUUUUUUCUUCUUCCAACCACUCUUUUGUUUCGAGGCGAUCUGUAACUACAAUUCUGUCAUUGCUGCCUCCAUGAAUAAAAGAGGAACAGAUGAUUUAAUUUGUUUGAUAUA